GUUCGUGCAGGCGCGAAAUUCAUACGCAUUCGCGACGCACCGUCGGCGAGGAAAGACAGCCGUUCGCCUCGCCGCCACGAUUCGCCACAGCCACUUAGCGACCGCAGUCAAGUGACACCACGGGAAGACGCGUGAGGGUUGUAUAGUCGCAAAUAACCGAUUUUUUUUCAAAUCAGUGGCAGCAUGACGAACGUCUACACGCUCGACGAAGUUGCCCGUCACAAUACCGAAAAGGAUCUGUGGAUCGUGAUAGACGGCUCGGUCUACGAUGUCACGACGUUCUUCAAGGAACAUCCCGGUGGCGAAGAGGCGAUACUGCAGUCGGCGGGGGAAGACGCGACAGAAAAUUUCAACGGCAUCGGUCACAGUCAGGACGCGAUUAACCUUCGCAAGAAAUACAAAAUCGGAGAGCUGGCGGGUGGCGCAAGAUCCGAUAGAUCGAUAAGGAGCACAGAGAAAAAACGAACAGCGAUGGACGAGCCACCGAAGGAAUCAAAACCGACGACUUCUGCCUCUUCUUCUGAACAACCCUGGAUUCUGCUGUUCAUAUGUGUCUUAGUCGUAAUUUAUGCCAUACUUUUCUACCGGUAUUCAUAACUAUUACUAUAGUAUCUACUAGACCACAGUAAACUGUGCGUAAAAUAUAAGACGUGACAUAUCAAUUGUAACAUAACGCUACAAUCUACAAGAUGCGGUGUUAUAUAUAAUUCAGUCGAAGCCACUAGUUUCCUUUUCUUGUUUAUUAAAUAUCUUAAAGAUUUUCCUUUCUUUGAUGUAAAACUAUUUUCUUACGUAAAUGUCUUAAUAGAUGCUUAUGUAAAAAUUUGAUAUUUAUUAUUCAGGGAAAUAAGGAAAACUUAAUUAUGUUUUUUAGCUCGACUUGUAACGAUCUCGCUGACAAAAUAAAUGAUCCCUAUUUAAAAA